GGGAUCAUGUCAGCCGUCUCGUACUUCUAUUCGGUUUUUCUGGCAGUUCUUUGUUAUAAUCUAGUAAGUGCUUCAAAUGUAGAGUUAAAAAACAACGGAUAUGAAAAUAUACUUAUUGCAAUUAAUCCACAAGUACCAGAAAAUGCGCAGAUCAUCUCCAACAUCAAGACUAUGAUGGAGGAAGCAUCUUUGUUCUUAUUCAAUGCCACAAAAAGAAGAUUUUAUUAUAAAGAGGUGAAGAUUCUGAUACCAUAUACCUGGCAAUCUAGCAAUUACCGAAGACCCAAGAGUGAAGUAUAUCAGAAGGCAAGUAUAAUUGUCACAAAUCCAAAUGUCAUUUACGGAAAUGAUCCAUACACAUUGCAUUAUGAAGGGUGUGCAAAAGAGGGGAAAUACAUCCAUUUUUCAUCUGAUUUCUUAACCGAUGACAGUCUGAUCUCUGUGUAUGGUCCUCGAGGGAAAGUAUUUGUUCAUGAAUGGGCUCACCUCCGGUGGGGGGUGUAUGACGAAUACAGCUAUAAUGCACCCUUUUUUGUUUCUGUUGAAAAUAAGAUCAGAGCAACAAGAUGUUCGUCUGAACUUUCCGGUAUGUACGUUUGUAAGGAAACAUCAUGCUCUGAUGGCGAUUGCUUAAUUGACCCCCAGACAGGAAAUCUGGCAGAAGGCUGCAUGUUCUUAGUUAACAGCACUCAGAAAUCAAAGGCAUCCAUAAUGUACAUGCAAGCCAUAUCAUCUGUUGUGGAGUUUUGCAAUGAAAAUAAUCAUGACCAAGAGGCUCCAAACAUGCAGAAUAGGAUGUGUAGCUACCGCAGCACUUGGGAUGUCAUCAUGAGCUCACCUGACUUUAGGUCAACCAUGCCAAUGCCAGGACAAGAAUACCCUCCUCCACCUUCUUUCUCAGUAUUUCAGACUAGGACCAGAUUUGUAUGUUUGGUACUGGAUGCGUCAGAAAGUAUGGCCACGGGUGAACGGAUACAUCGGCUACACCAAGCGGCAGCCAUUUUCUUGCUUCACUUCGUGGAAACUGGUUCCCACGUGGGUAUCAUUACAUAUAAUGAAACAGCAGAAGUCCGAAGUCCUUUACGCCAAAUAGACAGUGAUUACGUGCGGAGAAAUCUUACUUCUUAUCUACCCAAAACAGCCAGUGGAAAAACAUGUAUUUGUAAAGGGAUACUGUCUGCGCUGCAGUUGCUUCGUAGUGAUGAUGGAAGUGGAGAUGGUGGUGAAAUUAUCUUAGUGGCAGCAGGCAAAGAUGAAAACUUGCGUGGAUGCAUCUCCAAUGUGUCUCUUAGUGGUUCAGUUAUCCAUACCAUUGCAAUGGGCCCCAGUGCUGACAAAGAUCUGGAAACCUUGGCAGAGCUCACCGGGGGAUCUGCAUAUUUUGCCUCUGAUAAUAAAGAUUCAAACAGUUUGAUUGGAGCCUUUAGCGAACUAUAUCCUACUAACGGAGACCCUGCACAACAGCUCGUUAAGCUGAGCCUUGUGUCGAGGCUCACAGAAGCUGGAGGUCAGCUGGCUGGAUGGGUGUUCAUUGACAGCAGUAUUUGGAAAAAUACCUUAUUCAUAAUUACAUGGCAAUUAAAUGAAUUGCCAGAAGUUAUAAUUCAAGACCCUGCUGGAAAUAACUAUACUGCUGAAAACCAGGAGAUUGACACUGCAGCACAAGUUGCGUAUUUUAGUGUUUCAGGAACUUCCCAGGUUGGGACUUGGACAUAUAGAAUUAUUAACACGUUGAAUUCCAGCCAAAUUGUUGGCAUCCUAGUGACCUCAGUAGCAGCAUCUGAAAAGAUUCCACCGGUUGUGUCUGCGCAUACAAAUACCAAGAAGGUCACUUCCCCAGAACCAAUGAUUAUAUUUGCUGAAGUCAGACAAGGAUUCUCCGCCAUUCUGGGAGUGAAUGUGACAGCUAUCAUUGAGCCUGACUUUGGAGACCCUAUGAUAGUGACACUUGCUGAUGAUGGGGCAGGUGCUGAUGCUGUCAAGGGCGAUGGGAUAUAUUCCAGAUAUGUAUUUUCUUUUAAUCACAGCGGUAGGCAUUCUUUGAAACUUCAUGCCGAGUGGAACAGUACUGCCUCUUUGACAUCUCUACAGAAUAGUCAAGCCAUGUACGUCCCUGGUUACAUAGAAAAUGGUACCAUCAGAAUGAAUCCACCUAAACCAAUAGCUGGUGGUGAGAGCCAACUUUCCAUCCAGACCUUUAGUAGAAUAGUGUUUGUCGGAAGUUUCAAAGUGGCUAAUGUCUCUAAAGAUACAAUUGCUGAUGUUUUCCCACCAUGUAGAAUUAUUGACCUUGAAGCAAAAAUGGAAAGUGAUAAUGUUGUAUUGUCUUGGACAGCACCAGGAGACAACUUUGACCAGGGAGCUGCAUCUAUGUAUGAAAUUCGAAUGAGUGACAGUCCCUGGCAUUUAAGAGAAGACUUUGACAGUGCUACACUUAUUAACACUUCAGCUUUGAAACCACAACAUGCUGGCUGCAAAGAAAACUUCUCAUUUAUAAUAAACAGGAAAGGGGCAGAAAAUGGCAACAUCAUUUAUAUUGCCAUCCGCAGUAUAGAUGAUAUCCUUCUACAGUCUGACGUAUCUAACCUUGUCCAUGUUACUAGGCCUGCGCAGCUACUCAAUACUAGUUAUGCUUAUUCAACGGCCGUGGAAAAGAGCAGCACAGCAACAGUAAUAUUUGUAGUUGUUUCCUUAGUUUCUAUAUGUAUUUCCAUAGGAGCAAGUAUAUACAGCUUUAGAAAGUAUUUCCUAUCUAAACCAUAUUAUCGUGUUAUGAAAAGUGAUUUACGGCCAUCGCAAACGUCUAUAGAAGAAAUGAAGACAGUUACAGAACAUCAAGUGGAGCUAUUUCCUCUUCGUGUGAUAUCCCACAAUAGCUACUGUGAUGUAAUUACUUCUGUAACGGAAGAGAAUGACUCAAUUUUAUAAAAGUAGUAGUAGUAUGUAUUAAAAAUUGCAAGCAAAAUCGUUAUUGGCGCUCAUUUAAAUUGUCGUAGAGAUUCCUUUUUUUCCUAAAUAGUAGAUUGUAAGCUUGUUAGAGCAGGGCCCUCCUCACCUGUUGUCUCUGUUAGUUGUUAUGUUACAUGCUACUUGUUAUGUCCUGUCUACCCAUUGUACAGCGCUACGGAA